AUGGAAGGUUAUACCGUUAGAGCUUGUAUUCUUGUAGCCCUUGUCGCUUUUCUGGGCUUUGGCUCAAACAUGAAAACCUGCUCAGCGGCAAACAAUAUCACCAGCAAUUCCUACAACACCACCAUCACCAACUUCAUUCGAUCAUCCUGCGGCGUGACGCUGUACCCACAGUUAUGUUACACUUCUCUCUCAUCCUACGCGAGUUCUAUCCAAACCAGCCAUAUGAAGCUUGCUUACACAGCUCUUAACGUAAGCAUGAAAAGCGCCAGGUCGACAUCGGCCAUGAUUUCGAAUAUGUCCCAACGGCAGGACCUGAUGCCCAGGGAAGCGGCCGCCGUGAAAGACUGUGUGGAAGAAAUAGGAGACUCCAUUGAUGAGCUGAAGCAGUCCUUAAGGCAGAUGCAGGAAUUGGGGGGCUCUAAUGUCGAUUUCCAGAUGAGCAAUAUAAAGACUUGGGUGAGUGCGGCUCUAUCCAACGACGAUACAUGCGUGGACGGAAUCGACAGCAACGACAUCAAUGCUGAGGUCAAGAACACAAUCAAGAAGAGAAUUCUCAGGGUCGCCAAGCUCACCAGCAACGCUUUGGCCCUCAUCAACAAUCUCUCUUACACCGAGUUGCAGUCACCCUAA